CCCUGCUCUAAGGUGUCUGUGAAAAUGUCUAAAUUUUGAGGUGGAACUAGACUCUCAGUUAUUUUCAAGGGCCGAACCCAAGUCUAACCUGUUCUGUAAUUAUCACAUUUCAGAACACAGCACUAACACACCCACAUCCGUCACCUCAUACACCUCCGCAUAAAUACACUGAACACACACACAUCAGACACAGAUCGAUAGGGUUUCUACACCAGGACAAAACUUUCUACUGCACUUAUCAACAAGACAAGACAAUAUGAGUGAAGGCAGCCAAAAGGACGAGAGCGUCAAGGGGCCCGAGGUGAAAGGAUGUGACGAAGCCGGAGUAAGAGAAGGAAAGUGUGGAAAGGGGGGAGAACAGCAUGGAAAAGAGCAUGGAAAAGAGCAUGG